CGGAAGGCGCCCGGGGCGCGGAGCGGCUGCAAACUUUGCGCGCCCGCCAUGGGGGACGAGGACGACGAGGAGGCGGCGGCGUUCGAGCGGCACUGGCGCGCCGAGUUCCCCGGGGAGGCGGUGCCGGCGCUGCGCCUGGGCUCGGCGACCGCCCUGCAGGAGGAGCUGGGCCGGUGCCGGCGGCGGCUGCGGCGGCUGGAGCGGGCCCUGGCCGAGGAGAAGUUCACGCGGGGCUACCUGGAGGCGGCGCUGCGCCGGCCGCCAACCCCAGCGGGAGGAAACGCCGAGGGGUCGGUGCCUGCGCCCGGCCAGGAGCGCCCUGCCUCGCCGCCCCGGGAAGCCCAGCCGCCGCCAACGCGCCCGCCCGGGAAGCGGGAGUCGCCGGGCUGCAGCAGCGACGGGGCCGGCAGCAGCUCGGAGCGCGAGGAUGCCUCCUCGGCAGAUUUUAACUACGGCACAGAGGACUAUGAUGCAGAGGGCAACGAAGAGCCCAAAGUGCCGCCUGGUGGCUCGGAGACCAUGCCAUACAUUGACGAAUCGCCCACCAUGUCCCCCCAGCUCAGCGCUCGUAGCCAAGAAGGCGGCGGUGACGGCAAUGAUGGCAUUUCGCCCACGGCUCCUGAGGAGCUGGGCAUAGUGGGCGAACGUGAUUCCGGUAGAGGCCUGGAGAUGCGAAAGUUGGUGCUUUCAGAUUUCUUGGCCAGCGAGGAGAUCUAUAUAAACCAGCUGGAGGCUCUCUUGCUUCCCAUGAAGCCCCUGAAGGCCACAGCCACCACCUCCCAGCCGGUCCUCACUACCCAGCAGAUUGAGACCAUCUUCUAUAAGAUCCAGGACCUCUAUGAAAUCCACAAGGAGUUCUAUGACAGCCUUUGCCCCAAGGUCCAGAACUGGGACAGUAGCGUUAUCCUGGGUCAUCUCUUCCAAAAGUUGGCUAGCCAGCUGGGCGUUUACAAGGCUUUUGUGGACAACUACAAAACUGCCCUCGAGACAGCGGAGAAAUGCAGCCAGAGUAACAAUCAGUUCCAGAAAAUCUCAGAGGAGCUGAAGGUAAAGGGCCCCAGAGAUUCCAAAGAGAGCCACACCUCCAUCACUAUGGAAGCACUGCUGUAUAAGCCUAUAGACCGUGUCACUCGGAGCACUCUUGUAUUGCACGACUUGCUCAAGCAUACGCCAUCUGACCACCCGGACUACCUGUUGCUCCAAGAUGCCCUCCGGAUCUCCCAGAAUUUUCUCUCCAGCAUCAAUGAGGACAUUGAUCCCCGCAGGACAGCAGUCACCACUCCCAAAGGGGAGACACGGCAGCUGGUCAAGGAUGGCUUCUUGGUGGAGAUGGCUGAGGGAUCCCGCAAACUGCGCCACGUCUUCCUCUUCACGGAUGUGCUUCUCUGUGCCAAGCUGAAGAAAACGGCAGUGGGGAAACAGCAGCAGUAUGAAUGCAAGUGGUACGUGCCCUUGGCAGAACUGGUGUUCCCCUCUCUCGAAGAGCUGGACCCCUGCCCGCAUGUCCACGCCAUGCCGGACCACGAUUUGGAGGACAUGAAGAUAAAGAUUUCCUCUAUGAAAAGUGAGGUGCAGAAGGAGAAGGCCAACAAGGGGCAGAGCCGAGCCAUGGAGCGCUUGAAAAAGAAGAUGUUCGACAACGAAUUCUGGCUUCUGCUCAAUUCGCCUUCCAUCCCCUUCCGCAUCCAUAACCGCAAUGGGAAAAGUUACUUGUUCCUGCUUUCCUCUGACUAUGAGCGGUCAGAAUGGAGAGAGGCCAUCCAGAAGCUGCAAAAGAAAGACCUCCAGACCUUCGUGCUCAGCUCUGUGGAGCUGCAAGUGCUCACGGGCUCCUGCUUCAAGUUACGCACUGUGCACAAUCUUCCCGUCACCAGCAAUAAGGAUGAUGACGAACCUCCAGGGAUGUAUGGCUUCUUGCACGUCAUCGUCCACUCUGCCAAGGGCUUCAAACAGUCUGCCAACCUUUACUGCACGCUGGAAGUGGACUCCUUUGGGUACUUCGUCAGCAAAGCCAAGACCCGUGUGUUUCGUGACACGACCGAGCCCCAGUGGAACGAGGAGUUCGAGAUUGAGCUGGAGGGGUCACAGUCGCUGCGGAUCCUCUGCUACGAGAAAUGUUAUGACAAGACCAAGCUGAACAAGGAUGACAACGAAAUUGUGGACAGGAUUGUGGGCAAGGGGCAAGUCCAGCUGGAUCCCCAGACAGUGCAGACCAAGAAUUGGCACAUGGAUGUGAUUGAGAUGAAUGGGAUCAAAGUGGAGUUCUCCAUGAAGUUUACAAGCCGGGACAUGAGCCUCAAGAGGACCCCAUCGAAAAAGCAAACAGGAGUUUUUGGAGUGAAAAUCAGCGUUGUCACUAAGCGGGAACGCUCCAAAGUGCCAUACAUCGUACGCCAGUGUGUGGAGGAAGUGGAGAAGCGGGGCAUCGACGAAGUGGGCAUCUAUCGUAUCUCAGGGGUGGCCACCGACAUCCAGGCCUUGAAAGCCGCUUUUGACUCGAAUAACAAAGACACCCUGGUGAUGCUCAGCGACAUGGACAUCAACGCCAUUGCGGGCACCUUGAAGCUGUACUUCCGCGAACUCCCGGAGCCCCUCCUGACGGACCGACUUUAUCCCACUUUUAUGGAAGGCAUCGCGCUCUCUGAUCCAUCAGCCAAGGAGAACUGCAUGAUGCACCUUCUACGCUCCCUGCCAGAUCCCAACCUCAUCACUUUCCUCUUCUUGCUGGAACACUUGAAACGGGUGGCUGAGAAGGAGCCUGUCAACAAAAUGUCGCUGCACAAUCUGGCCACUGUGUUUGGCCCAACGUUGUUGAGACCUUCCGAGGUGGAAAGCAAGGGGCAUCUCAGUUUGGCCUCAGACAUCUGGUCCCAUGACGUCAUGGCACAGGUCCAAGUGCUACUGUACUACCUGCAGCACCCGCCCAUCACCUUUGCCGAGCUCAAACGCAACACUCUCUACUUCUCCACGGAUGUGUAGCCCCUGGGCUGUGUGGUCACCCACAUUUUCUGAGUGAAAGGGACGCAGCACAGACUUGGACUCUGUACCCCACCCCCCGACCGUGUUGAGGACGUUGUGCUGCCUUGGGAUGUACGCUGACCGCACUUGUUGGACAGUUUUGUACAAACCACUUGCCAGCCCUGCACUCUUUCUCUGGACAGAAGUCCAGUCUCUGGUACAUUUUUAUUGAUAACUCAGCUGUUGCAGACAGGAGCGAGUGACAGAAGAGGACCAGGGGCAGGUUGUGUGUGUGUGUGGGGGGGGGGCUUUCUGGUCCAUCCAUGUCUUUGUAUGUCAUCUUCUAACAGAGCUUUACUGUAACCCAGUCUCCACGCACCCCACCCUGCUUUGCCUUGUUCCAGCUCAGAACCUACAGCACUUGUUGUUUUUGCCCUUCUCCCUUGUGGCCUGCAUGUGUGGUGCCUUGCUUAAUUUUCCUGUUUUUCCUCCCCUUCCGCUUUUCUUUCUUUUGGUCUCCGCUCUGCCUGCUUGGCUAUGCAGACGGUGGAUCCCAGUGGCUGAAUUCUGUGUUCCCUCCUCCGCUGCCAGCCAGCCCUGGUUUGCGAAAGUUCCGCAUGGACAGCUGAAGGUGUUUUUUUUCCAUGUCCGGCGUCUCCAGGUUCCUUUUCUGAUGCUAGAGAGCCCUUCUCCUAUGAUUCCAGCCUCUUGCGGUUUGGGGAGGGGGGAGCGGCUGUGUAUUUUGGAAAGUGUGGAUUCAUUCCCUCUUCUCAUUUUGUAAAGAGGUUUUAAGGUACCCUGCUGGAGGGGAUGGGAAGUGGCUUUGCUUGCUAGACUUAGACAUGGCUGGAUGCUCUGUGUGCGCGCGUGUGUGCAUGUGUGUACAUGUACACUAUUGCUGGCUUAGCUUCCCCUUCCAUUUAUUUAUGAUGACUUCUCUUGGGACGAGUUCAGUCUUAUUCUUCUGCAAAAGAGAGCCAGCCUUCCGGUGGCAACUUGAGCCUUUCCCAAAGAACGUUGGCUGGACGAAGACAUGUUAGGAGGGUGAGAACGCUGCUUGCCCGCCAAGGACCUUUGCCUUCUCUGACUGCACAUGGCCUUCACCAGCCAAGAAUUGCCACGGAGGCAGCAAGUCUUUCUUUACCCUCUCUCUCAGAUACAUUCCAUGGCAUGGGUGUAGAAUACAGUGGUCUCUCAGUCUUGCUCAGCACCACUACAGGAUUCAUCUAGGCAGGCCUAAGUGGCAUCCAAGGCGCAGGUUUUAGCCCUCCGAGGUUUCAGUUUUCUCUCUGUGAUGAGUAAAAGAUGAGUAGCCAAGGGGCUGCCUUGUGCCUGCCCGAACAGGUACGGUGCCUGCCUAGUCAGUGGGGGAACAGUUUAUUCUGCCUUGUUUUCAGAAAGCCUCUAUCCUGGUCUCAGGACAGGCCAGAUACCAGUUUUCUUUUGACAGCUUAGUGUGUUGAAGGCAUGCUUGUGAUUAAUAAAAACAGAAUGGAAGGAGUGCUCCAUUUCUCCAUGUUAACUCCUCCUCCUGGUUGGAACCCUUCAGGGAUAACAGCUUCCAGGGAAAGGGGCUGUUUGCAUCCCUUCUCCAUAAAGAACAAGUCUUCAUCAUCUGCAGUUUGACAGGUCCAGAUAUUGCUCUACACUCAGCAGAAAGCCCUCUUGUAGUUUGUAGCUGACUUCUAGGUAGAAAUAACAAAAGGAGGACUUCCUCAUCUGCCCCAGAAUCCUAAUCGGCUUUGAUCAUGUUUCUGCCAGCUGAGCUGGAGAUGACAUGGCAUCGUUUAGGGGCCAGAGAUUUUACUUGCCCAAGUACCAGGCUUUGUACUUGGGCGAGGUUUUAACCCUACUGCACAAGAGAGAUUUCUUGGUCUGCAUACAUCUGUACAUGUCCAUUGCAGACAGAGAAUAUGGGAACCAGACAACGUUUUCCCUAUCCCGAAUGGUUAACUAUGAUACCAGCAGAGAUUAAAUCCCCCCCUCCCACAAUCGCAGUUGCUCUUUCUAUCUCGAUUUUUCUGAUGGGGGGGCAGGAGAGACUAAUGCUCCUGAAGCUACAGCUAAAGUAGAAACUGUUAAUAUUUGAAUUGUUUAAGGAUAUAUUAUAUAAAUAUAUAUAUAUAUAUUUUUGGCUGUGUUCUGUUUCAGGUUUUUUUCCCUGUAGAUGACAAACUUUAAAUGGCUGUAAACCAUGUGAGGAGGUUAAAAAUGUUAAUAAAAUGCAAAGCCCAGAUAUUUGCACAAAUUACACCGAAGGGGCUGUAUGUCAAAUCUAUCCAGAGCAGCAGCUGCAAAUGGUUCCGUGUCAUUGGACAGGCCCGUGUUCAGAUACUCUGCCACAGCAUAGGAGUUGGGCAAAACAUCCCCAGGCAUGGG